AUGGCCACGGGCUUCGCGACAUCCUUCUGGUCCAGCGACUAUGCGGGAGGUCUCGGCGUCCUCUUUGGCAAGCUCCAGCAGGGAGUGCAGGAGAACCAGCAGAUCCUCACCGUAGCCCGCAUGCGCGCCGAUGCCGAAGAGGUCUACGGAAACAGCUUGGCCAACAUUGGGCCCGCGACCGAUCGCAUAAAUGGCGGCUUCAACAGAGACGAGGGCGCCAGUGCAUACGAGGGUGUCAAGGCAGAGAUGGAGGCAGCCGCGUCGAAUCACAAGAAGAUCGCGUCCAACAUCCGGGAACUCGUGGUGAACCCUUUCGGCCGCUGGUGCGAUGCACAUGCUUCGCGCGUGCAGAACUCCCAAGACGAUCUCCAGUCGCGUAUCAAGAUCCACGACCGACAAGCCGAUGCCGUGCGCAAGUUCCGCUCGCAGUACUACAACAAGUGCCGGCUGGUCGAGGACCUGGAGGAGGAGGACAAGCUGGCUUUCCAGGACCCCGAGAAAGAGUCCACCAGCAGCAGCCCCAAGGCCAAGGUUCCGACCAUCCAGAUGACGGCGCCCGAGGAAAGCGAGGACGACCCUAUUGACCUUGGCGACGAGACAUACCAGCCUGAGCAGAUCAAGAAGAUCCUGACCCACAUGCUGAACACCAUCAAGCUCGGUGAAGUCAAGGUCCCGAUUCUUGGAACAUACCAAAACUGCUCCAAUGGCGCGGACAUCACCGAGUACAUUCAGAAGCAUUUGGGAGCCACCAGCGUCAGCUAUGCGGAGAGAAUCGGUCAGGACAUCGUAGACAACGGCUUUCUGCGUCUGGUCGGCAAUGUCGGCAACGCCUUCGCAAACAGCUCAAGGAUGAACUACCAGUGGAAGACCAAGGCUUUCACUGUCACCGGACUUCCCGAGAAGAAGCAACCGCUUGGUCGCUCUAGCACCGGAAUGUCCAUAGCAUCGAACGACAGUGUCCCCGAUUCUCCAGUCGGCGUUGUCGGAGAGUACCUUUCAGGAUGGAAUCCUCUCAACAACCAGUACCCCAAUGAGACGCCUGCCGAGAGACUGCGCCGUGAGGCCCGCGAGUCAGACGAGCGCUACAAGGCGUCCGUCAAGAAGCUCGACUCGCUGCGCUGCAAUUUGGAGGAGGCCAUGAUCGACCACCUCAAGUUCAUGGAGCGCUGCGAACUUGACAGGCUAAAGGCCAUCAAGGCAGUCAUUCUGGACUUCUCUGGAGCUGUCAGCAACGUGAUCCCCAGCUUGCAGAGCACAGUUGACAAGAUGAUGCUGUUCCAGGAGACCGUCCAGCCGUUGGGUGAUCUCCGCUACAUGCUCGAGAACUACAGGACCGGACCUUUUGUUCCCCGGGUCACGACGUACGAGAACUAUUACAACUCUGUUGAUGAACAAACGUUUGGUGUCGACCUCGAAGCCCGCGCCCGUUCAGACAAGAAGCGCGUACCAGUUCUGAUCACCACAAUCCUCACUUUCCUAGACAACCACUACCCCGACCUAGAGGGUGACGAAGCUCGCCGUGGUAUUUGGUUGGUGGACGUACCUUUAGCGCAGACUCACAACUUGCGUAACACCAUCAACACUGGCAAGCGAUUCUCUGACGAGGUAUUGGAGAAGUACGAUGUACCCAUUGUUGCUAGUGCACUGAAACUCUACCUUCUCGAGCUCCCUGGUAUGGCCUCCAUCCUUCUUAAUUCCCUCGUCUCCUCACAUGUAUAUGAGAUCGUCAAGACCAUCUACAGCACCACUGCCACCGACGUGUCCGAAGAGACACGCGUUUCGGUACUGCAAUCUACACUCGGGCAGCUGCGUCUCGCAAACAUUGCCACGCUGGACGCCAUCUGCACCCACUUCACUCGUCUUAUCGAGCUAACAUCAGCCGACGAGGCCUACGUUACCGCUCUUGCGAAUGCGCUUGCACCAUGUAUUCUCCGCCCACGACAAGAGUCGACCUUGAGCAUGAAUGAGCGUUACAACUACCGUCUUGUGCGCGAUCUCUUUGCUCACAAGGAUGCCAUCUUUGGAGAGUUGAAGCGGGCCAGUACUCUCACACACUCGGCGUCCGGGGCUCAGCGUCCUCGUGCCAUCUCCACUGACGAGAGCAACCGUCGUGCGAACAUGGAAGAGCGUCAAAGGGCCAUUGCUGCCCAGCGCUCCCCCCGUGCGGUCUCACCCGGCCCCAACCGUGCGAGUGGAUCCCACCGUCGCGACCGCAGCCAAACUCGCUUCCCCGUCAACACCUCAUCGCCCACAGAGAGCCGAAGGAGUACGUUGAACCGGAGCUCUCUCGAGGUGCCCGCAAACCCGGACAGCCCCGCAGACGACGAGACGACGACCAACGGAACCACUGAAGCUGCGCCAGUUGCCUCUACGCCUGUAGAACACCCGGCACCGUCCAGCACGCGUGUUCCUUUCCCAAGGAAACCAGCUGGUGGCCUGACAAGGGGCAACCGCGACUCCACGGGCAGCUUGAGGGCCGAAGACGGAGCUCCCAGAGGUGUUACGCUCGAGGAUAAGCCCAUGGACGACUAG